AAAAAUGAGGUCGAGAAAAUCUCCUCGUAACUGAAUAAACCGUAUCAUUUUAUUACUGUGCACUUUUAUAUCCUAGAUGGUUUUGAGUAUCCAUGGUCAUUGGCGUGGUAGCUCAACUUCCGAACUGAUAGUUGUUUGCUGCUAGUGUUCAUGAGUUUAUGACUUUCAGGUUGUGUUAUCGACCUACUAUGUUGUAGCAGUUCGGUCGUAAAGAUGGUGAAGGGCAUACCUACUUUUAAAAAUGAUCGCAAUUUUCUCUUUCUGAGGUCGAAAUCCAGAGUGAAAUGAUUUUGUUCACAACUUUGCUGAGGCUGUUGAUGUUUUAAGCGCAAAGUGGAAUUCAACUGUUUGUUUUCAAAAGUUGCACUUAAAAUGGAGCCAAGGUCUAGGACUUUUUUCCAGACUAAAACUAGGCUUCAGCUUACUUGUCAGUCUCAUAAAUUAAGCGAAAUCCGGAUUCGUUUAUACCGGUGAAAGGGGUCACUGGUCAUUUGCCACUUUAUUUCCUUGAUAACCAACCUCAAGAAACGGUCUAAUUUGACCACCGAGGUUCUUUUCCUGCUGUCAUGUUGACCUUGCUUUUUUUACACAGAGGUCGAUGUAGUCUGUUUUGAUAUUCAUUCUGGGAAGGUCUUUGUUAUGUGCUUGGGACAAUUAACUGUUUGUGUAGAUUUUUUUUCGGCUCAAUUCACUUAUCUGUCCUAAUUUUAGUGAGGAUUGACAUUUUCCCUCGUUUAUACCGUCUUUAAUUUUGGAAAAGUUUCUUCAUAUCAAUCUCAUUUUGGAGAGCGAAUAUUUAUUUAUUAUAAAAUAUGUAUAGUUAUCUGAUAAAAGUUAUAUCUCUUGUAAUCUUUCGUUAGGCUAGCCAUGUAUUUCUUCAGUCAAAGCUACAUUACCUAGCAAGAAAUUAUUUAGCAGUUGGUAUAAAGUUUAUUGGCUAGUAAAGGAUUUUUUUAAUGGUCUCUUAAUAUCAUUAAUGUAAUGCUUUGUGUCAGAUUUAAUCAUUGUAUAUGUAAUCUGGUUCACAACCCCACAAGGUAAUAAGGAGUUAAUGCAGCCCAGUUUUAUUUUGCAUGGGGUCAUGUGUUUAAACUGGCGAGUCAAAGACCCAGCAAGAUCUCUUCAUAUUUGUUUAAAUUCUGUGAUUAGUGCAGAUUACCUUGGUUUUAUACCAGAUCUUAUUAAGUGGAUUUCCUACUUCUUAUUCAGAGUUUAGUAAUUCAAACACCAUAAUGGUUGUCGAAUCAGACGACUCUGGUUUUCGCCAACUGGAAUACUUCUCUUUAGUUUCAAAAGUUUGCACAGAAUUAACAAAUCAUUUGGGUUUAGAUGACAAAGUCCUGGCUGAAUUUGUUAUUCACUUGGCUAAGAAAAAUCCGACUUUUGAAAAAUUCAAAAGUGCUUUGGAAAAGAAAGGCGCAGAGUUUACGGACCCAUUAAUAGCCAGUAUUUUACGCCUAGUUGAGAAAAUGCUUCCAAAGAAGGAGAAAGUUACUAAAAAGAAGGCAUUAACAUCUUCAUCUAACAAGAAAGAUUCUGAGUUAGAUGUUGUCAAAAACAAACUAGAAUUGAGAAAGCGACUUUUACCUGCUUUGUGUAUGCCAAAUGAAGAUCCAAACGACGAGCGAUUGAAUGUGGAAUCUGAAAAUGUAGAACCGUGCAGUGAUACUGAUAAAAAGGAUGGGAUUCGUAACAAAUUCGUUCAUCCUGAUGAACUUGAAGAGGAAUUCCAUAGUGAUAAUAUCAAUAAUAAAAAAGAUUGUGUAGAUGACGUCGAAGCUUUGGCUAUGAUUAAAGACUUGGAAUUAUUGUUAUCCGGUGCUAAGGAAGCAUCAUUAUCUAAGUCAAAGCCACGUGACGAAAAGAAAAGUGAAGAUAGACGUGCUCGUCGUUCACAUUCUAAAUCUCCUCAUCGUUCACGACAUUCAAAUCGAAGAGCUCAUCAAAGAAAUCCUGAUGCAUCUAGUGAUUAUCGUGGUCAUCGUAAAAAGUCCAGAUCACCUCAUGGGAAAGAAUCCAGAUCGCCGUCGCCCCACUCAUCCAGACAUCGAUCUAAGGAUCAAUCUCCAGCUAACAAAUCGUCUUAUCAUAGAGACCGAUCACGAGCUGAUCAUAUUUCACCUAAAAGGUAUUCUCAUGGUUCAAGUAGUCCAAAUUACGAAAGUAAACGACUAAAAGAUCUUCCUUCAGAACCUAUUGUGGGCGAUAUCUAUCGUGGUAGAGUUACAAAUGUGCUAGCAUUUGGAGCUGUUGUUCAGUUAGAUGGACUUCGUAAGAGAUGGGAAGGUCUGGUGCAUAUUUCUCAGCUACGUCAAGAAGGUCGUGUAGCCAGUGUUGGCGAUGUUGUUAAUCGUAAUCAAAAGGUCUGGGUAAAAGUUAUCUCGUUCACAGGUACUCGAACUGGUCUUAGUAUGCGUGAGGUGGACCAAGAGACGGGUGCUGAUUUGAAUCCUUCACGCUUACCUGAGAAGAAAUCAAAUAAUUCUAGUGAAUCGUUAGAUAAAGAUAAAAUACGUCUCGUAGAUGAAGAGGAUAUCGAUGGUGUUCGGAAUCCUGAUCGUCCUGCAGCUAACUCUGGACCAGGAUUUUUCGGUAGACGCAAAGAAAUGGGAUUUGAGGAAGACAUUGAAUCUGGUCCCAAACGAAAGGUUCAACGAAUUAGUAGUCCAGAACGCUGGGAAUUAAAACAAAUGAUGUCAGCUGGUGUAAUUGAAAAGACAGAAUUACCUGAUUUCGAUGAAGAGACUGGACUUUUACCACGUGAAGAUGAAGAAUCUGACGAAGAUAUUGAAAUCGAACUUGUUGAAGAUGAACCACCAUUUCUUAAGGGUCAUGGUCGACAUGCGAUGGAUUUGUCUCCAGUUAGAAUAGUCAAGAAUCCAGACGGAUCAUUGCAACAAGCUGCCAUGAUGAGACAAGCUCUACAAAAGGAAAGACGUGAAAUGAAACAACAAGAAAGACAAAACCAAGUAACAGCUGAACGAGAGACUGCUCCUGAACGGAUGGGUAAAGAUUGGCAUGAUCCAAUGGGGUUUACUUUGGACAAUGAACCACAGUUUUCAGGUUCACGUUCAACUGACCAGUUUAAAGAUGUACCGGAAUGGAAACGUGCUGUUCAAGGGGGUACAAGAACUGGAGCUGUUGGUAAAAAGAUUGUACGAUCUAUUCUUGAACAGCGUCAAGCCUUACCCAUAUUCAGACUAAAAGAUGAGCUAAUGAAGGCAGUGAAUGAUAAUAAAGUAUUGAUUGUUAUUGGAGAAACUGGUAGUGGGAAGACUACCCAAAUAACACAAUAUCUAGCUGAAGCAGGUUAUGUCAACACUGGUCGCAUUGGAUGCACUCAACCACGUCGAGUAGCAGCUAUGUCUGUAGCUAAACGAGUAUCUGAAGAAUUCGGUUGUCGUCUAGGGCAAGAAGUUGGUUAUACAAUACGUUUUGAAGAUUGUACUGCACCAGAGACAAAAAUCAAAUACAUGACAGAUGGUAUGCUGUUACGUGAAUGCCUUAUUGAUCCGGAUUUACGCCAAUAUUCAGUAAUUAUGUUGGAUGAAGCACAUGAACGAACAAUACAUACAGAUGUAUUAUUUGGUUUAUUGAAAAAAGCUAUUCAAAAACGAGAUGAUAUGAAGUUAAUUGUCACUUCAGCUACUCUUGAUUCAGUCAAAUUUUCUCAGUACUUUUUUGAAGCUCCUAUAUUCACUAUACCUGGUCGUACAUAUCCUGUUGAAAUAUUGUAUAGUUUAGAACCAGAAAAUGAUUAUCUAGACGCUGCACUCAAUACAGUUAUGCAAAUUCAUUUAACUGAACCUCCAGGAGAUAUAUUAGUAUUUUUAACUGGUCAAGAAGAAAUCGACUCUGGUUGUGAACUUCUUUAUGAACGUAUGAAAGCUUUAGGCUCUGAAGUACCUGAAUUAAUCAUUUUACCAGUUUAUGCAGCUUUACCAUCUGAAAUGCAAUCGAGAAUCUUUGAUCCUGCACCUCCAGGCUCCCGUAAAGUAGUGAUUGCUACAAAUAUUGCUGAAACAUCUUUAACAAUUGAUGGAAUUUAUUAUGUUAUUGAUCCAGGUUUUGUAAAACAAAAAGUGUACAGUAGUAAAUCUGGUAUGGAUCAACUUAUUGUCACACCAAUUUCACAGGCUCAAGCUAAACAACGUGCUGGACGUGCAGGUCGUACAGGUCCUGGAAAAUGUUAUCGUUUGUAUACUGAAAGAGCCUACAGAGAUGAAAUGUUAGCGACCAAUGUACCAGAGAUUCAAAGAACAAAUCUAGCAAGUACAGUUUUACAGUUGAAAGCCAUGGGUAUAAAUGAUUUAUUGUCAUUUGACUUUAUGGAUCCUCCCCCAUUACAGACACUUGUCGCUGCUAUGGAAACUUUACAUGGUUUAUCUGCUCUGGAUGAUGAAGGAUUGUUGACACGUCUUGGAAGAAGGAUGGCUGAAUUUCCUCUUGAACCAAUGCUUUCUAAAAUGUUAAUUAUGUCAGUGCAUUUACAAUGUUCUGAAGAAGUAUUAACUGUCGUUUCAAUGUUAUCUGUUCAAAAUGUUUUCUAUCGUCCUAAGGAGAAAACUGAAUUGGCUGAUCAACGUAAAGCGAAAUUUCAUCAACCUGAAGGUGAUCACCUUACUCUAUUGGCUGUAUACAAUGCAUGGAAGAAUAAUAAAUUCUCUGCACCAUGGUGUUACGACAAUUUUCUGCAAGCAAGAACAUUAAAACGUGCUCAAGAUGUACGCAAACAAUUGCUUGGUAUUAUGGACAGACAUAAACUUGAUGUAGUUUCAUGCGGUAAAAAGACUGCAUUAGCACAGAAAGCAAUUUUGUCUGGAUUCUUUCGUAAUGCUGCAAAGAAAGAUCCACAAGAAGGUUAUCGUACGCUGGUUGAUCAACAAGUUGUUUAUAUUCAUCCAUCAUCUGCAUUAUUUAAUAGACAACCGGAUUGGGUUGUUUAUCAUGAACUAGUUAUGACUACUAAAGAGUAUAUGCGUGAAGUAACCACAAUCGAUCCAAGAUGGUUAGUAGAAUUUGCACCGAAUUUCUUCAAAUUUGGCGAUCCAACUAAAUUAUCACGUACUAAAAAGUCAAUGCGAAUUGAACCAUUGUUCAGUAAAUUUGAAGAGAAAGAUUCAUGGCGUAUUUCACGUGUUCCAAGGAAAUUUCAUGUUAAAGUUACAUUUUAAUAUUUAUUUAACUAACUUAUUGUUGUUCAACUUGUGUUUCAAUAUAGUAUUUUGUUUUUCUCUUGAACAAAUACUUAUUUAUUUAUUUUGUACAGAUGUCAAGUGUAUUUUUAAGAAUUCACAUAAUUUACUAUUUAAAUUCUUAAUGGGAAUGAUUGUGAAAUGUAACAGCGUCGUUGUCCUGUUUUUUCUCUUUUAAUACUGCUUCUUUCCUUUUUUUUACAGAAGGAUCAGUAUACUAUUUGUAUUUUAUUAUUUUACCUAUGUAAUCGACUUGAAUUUGUAGUAAAAAUAUGUAUAGUUUUUCGUUGGUUUCAUAUUUUGGUGUUUUAGUGAUCAUACUCUGUGCUAAAGUUUUGUCUUAGUUAUAUGGGCAUGAACUUUGUGUAUUCUCACAUAGUUCUUUGUUGUCUUUUGUUUAUCUUGUUGUGAAUAGUGUCGCUAUUCAACACAAAUUUAGGAAGUUGAAUUUUAUUGACAUAAUUACAGGAUUUAGUUUAUUUA